AAAAUUACCACGCGACGGAAACGACGAACACGAAACGCGGAAAACGUCAAAUCAAUCUCUCAGAUCGGUUUUGAAAUGUCGGCGGUACUCACAGCCGGCGGAGGCUUAACUGCCGGAGAUCGCAGCAUUAUUACGGCGAUUAACACCGGCGCUUCGAGUCUCUCAUUCGUCGGCUCAGCCUUCAUCGUUCUCUGCUAUUGCCUCUUCAAAGAACUUCGAAAAUUCUCUUUCAAGCUCGUCUUCUACCUUGCUCUCUCCGAUAUGCUUUGCAGUUUCUUCUUGAUCGUUGGGGAUCCUUCAAAGGGGUUUAUUUGUUAUGCACAAGGCUACACCACUCAUUUCUUCUGUGUUGCUUCGUUCUUGUGGACAACUACAAUUGCUUUCACUCUUCAUCGUACUGUGGUUAAGCAUAAAACUGAUGUGGAGGAUUUGGAAGCUAUGUUUCAUUUAUAUGUUUGGGGAACUUCCUUGGUUGUGACUGUCAUACGUUCUUUUGGUAAUAACCACUCACAUUUAGGGCCAUGGUGCUGGACGCAAACUGGUCUUAAGGGAAAGGCAAGUGAGAAUGCUGUUCAUUUCUUAACUUUCUACGCUCCUCUUUGGGGUGCCAUUCUUUACAAUGGGUUUACUUACUUCCAGGUGAUACGGAUGCUACGAAAUGCUAGACGUAUGGCAGUUGGAAUGUCAGACCGAGUCGAUCAAUUUGAUAAUAGAGCAGAGUUAAAGGUGUUGAACCGAUGGGGAUACUAUCCGCUCAUUCUAAUAGGAUCAUGGGCAUUCGGCACUAUUAACCGCAUUCAUGAUUUCAUCGAGCCAGGCCAUAAGAUCUUCUGGCUCUCAGUUCUUGACGUUGGGACAGCUGCACUAAUGGGCUUGUUCAAUUCAAUAGCCUAUGGUUUCAACAGCUCAGUGCGUCGAGCAAUCCAUGAAAGACUGGAACUAUUCUUGCCAGAACGGCUAUAUCGAUGGCUUCCAAGCAAUUUCAGACCAAAAAGCCAUCUGAUUCUACAUCAGCAACAACAACAGCGAAGCGAAAUGGUAUCACUCAAGACCGAGGACCAGCAAUGACACUAACUUUCAACAAUGUAUUUCAUGGACCAAUAACAAGAAGGCGGCAAU